AUGACGCUCCAGGAAAUCCAUAAUAUGGGCAAAGACAUGCAGCUAUUGCUAAAGAAAACAGACCUGAAAGAAAAGCUGAAAAACUUCUCUCCGAGUCAUCCAGAUGUAAAGGACAUCAAGAUCCUGGUAGCUGGACAAAUUGGAGCAGGAAAGUCCAGCUUUAUUAACUCUGUCGAUAGCGCCUUUCAAGGACGGAUCUCCUCUAGAGCAUUAGUUAAUUCAGCUGCUGGUUUCGAUCACAGUUUCACUCGAAACCUCAAAGGAUUCACCAUUAGAAAUGGGAAAAAAAAGUUGCCCUUCAUCCUCAAAGACAUCAUGGGCCUGGAAGCUGAAGUUUUGGAAGGUUCACAAGUAGAAGACAUCAUCAGUAUUGUGUUUGGCCACGUGAAGGACGGCUAUAAAUUCAACAAGGAUCAGCCACUCACUCGUGAGGAUCAACAUUACAUCAGUGACCCCAGCCUCUCUGACCAAUCUUUCUGCCUGGUUUACGUCAUAGACGCAACGACAGUCCAGUUCACAGACGAUAAACUUAUUGACAAGCUGAAGAUUAUCCGCCGGAGAAUCAGUGAUAAGGGGAUUCCUCAAGUGGUUAUCAUGACCAAAGUGGAUGAGGCAUGUCCUUUGAUCAAAAAAAAUCUGAGGAAGGUGUACGCUAGCAAGAAGAUCAAGGAGAAGAUGGAGUUGUGCAGUGCUAAAGUGGGGGUGCCAUUGUCAAACAUCUUCCCAGUGAAGAACUACCAUGAUGAGAUCGACACAAAUGAUGACGUUGAUGUUCUGAUACUGAAGGCACUUGAACAGAUUGUUCAGCUUGCUGAUGAUAGAUUGGAGGAUAUUGAUAGCUAGACAUAAACCACAUAUACAGUAAUUACUGCAUUUCCCAGUCUAGCUUUCUAAUAUAUCUGCUCUUGAAUAUUGUU